GCCAUGUCGUGCCCAAUUCGAGCAUUUGGUUGCGUCAAAUGAUAAUGAAGGCAAUGCAAGUAAUAUUGUGAACAGAUGGGACCAAUGUCAUAAUCAUCAGCAGUGGGGGCGACGCCCAGAAAGUAAAAGCCCAGUGCGCAGCUUGCACGAGGCAUUAUUGAAUGAAUUUACAGCAUAUAAUGAAUAA